UCGCGGGUCACGUAUUAUUAGAGCAGACAUUUAAUGCUUUCAGAUAUAUUGUACACUUUGUGUCUAAUGAUAACUCACGUUUUCUUGGAGAUAUCACACGUGUCAAGUCAAUCUUGCCGGUAACAUGUUAAAAAUGUUAUCAGUCGUGAGUUUCACAUGGUUCCUUACCGUAUUUCUUGAAACACUUGAAUACGGAUUUUAAUAAAUUAGAGUCUUAUCAACUGGUAUAAAAAGCGGUUGGUUUAUCAAAACAUCUUCAGUUGGAAAGUGUGGUAGAAUCGACUUGAGUCUCUUUCUGUGAAGAUGUUAAAAAUAAUUUUAAUUUUUUCGAUGGCUUGGGCCGUUGCGAAAGGCAAUGUGUCAACGCAUAAUCCCUUCUACUGCUUUGCAACCGAUCCGAUUCGGCCCCAAAACCAGAUGUUUGCGACAAAAGUUGCCUAUGAAGCGGUGCGUGGCAGAGGUUUCAUCAAUCCUGCCAUAUCAACAUGCACUCCGAGCAAAUUGUUCAUAUAUGGUAGACACGGCUCACGUUUGCCAUCAUCAAGUGAUACUCUGAGAAUGAUAAAUAUUCACGAAAGUUUGAAAGCCCGAGUAAUAGAAAAUUACGAAGCUGGACGCACCCAGCUAUGUCAACAAGAUAUGGAAAAUAUUCGAAAUUGGACAAUAAACCCGAAUAUAACAGUCGGCAGAAAUUCAGAGCUGGUGGAGACUGGAUGGAAUGAAUGGAGAGGAAUUGGUCAACGGUUUCGAGAUGCCUUUCCAACAAUUUUAUCUUCCCCUUACAACCAAUCUUUGUUUCUCUUCCGUGCUACCGAUCGUCAAAGAACUGUGGCCAGCUUGCAAGGAUUGGCAGAUGGAGUGUUUGGUGAGUGGCAGAAUGUUCAAUUUGAGCCAAUACCAGAUCCUGACUUACUAUUACGGCCCAAUGAUGAUUGCCCAUUGUACGAUGCUAUUAGAAAUAAUUUGAUUGAAAUGGAUGCAUUUGAGACUGGUCCCGAAUAUGCCGAAAUGUUGGAACAAGUAAACCGAAAGUUGGGAUUCUUCGGUGCUAAUCAGCUGAGCAGUCGUAAUGUACGAACUGUGUGGGACUUCUGCAAAUUCGAACAAGGAUGGGAUCCAGUAACUCCAUCACCAUGGUGUGCCGCAUUUUCAAUAGCAAACCAUGCAGUUAUGGAUUACUUGGAAGAUCUUGAAUACUACUACGGAAUGGGAUAUGGUGGUGAUGUGCCGCUAUUCGCUAAUAUGAAUUGUCACAUUACGCAAGAAAUGUUACAAUUUUUGCAAUCAUCCGAUCCGCUCGAUCGUGUCGCCCGAUUUUACAACUCUCAUUCCAGACCUUUACAAUUGUUUUUAGUCACCCUUGGUCUGUUUGAUGGAGACUCUUCCUUAACUCGUCACAAUUUCGCACAGCAAACAUUCCGCCAGUGGAGAUCCAGCUAUAUUGCUCCGAUGGCCUCUAACUUGUCUAUCGUUCGGUUUGACUGUGAAAACGGGGACGAUGAUCUGUUGGUCUUGUAUAACGAGAAACCACUAAAUAUUCCUGGAUGUGGGACUAACGGUCUGUGCAAACAGUCUAUUUUUAUCGACCGCUACCGAAGAUUCCUUUCGGCAAACUGCUCACAAAUGUUCUGCAGUCGUGAUCUUUAGAAUAC